AUGGCCACAAAUAAAACUAAAAGCCGAAACGAAACGAAGCCAGAAGGAGCCGAUGUUCUGUCGGGGUUGUUCCGUGCUCAACAGAAGCCUCCAUUGCCAGACAAUGUGGUGGAUAUGCACCGCGAGAUAUUCCAGAAACAGUUCGCAAUUCAUGGGCAGGGGCCUGGUAAUACAACGUUUCAUCCUGCCUCAGAUGAAUCAACAGCUAGUCCUCCAGUUCUUGACCAGAUCAAGGCCGAUCAGCUUCUAAGCAAGUUCCGAAUCAAGAGCGGCUACUUCCCUUUUGUGGCCAUCCCAGAGAACAUAGCAUCAACGGACCAUCGCUUCCUCUACCUUGCUGUUCUCACAGUAGCAUCCUCUGACGAUAUUCCCCUGUUAAGAAGCCUGGACCACAGAUUCCGAUCUGUCCUAGCCGAUCGGGUCGUCAAGGGUGGCGAGAAGAGUCUGGACUAUCUGCAAGGAUUGCUUGUCUACAUAGCAUGGUACAACUUGAACUUGAAUCCUAGAAGCUUUCAACUCUACCAAUAUCUUCAGAUUGCCAUCAGCAUAAUGGUGGAUCUAAGAUUGAAUGAUGGCCCUCCUACAGGAACAGCGUUCGACCCACCGUUGCCAUAUAGUGUUGCAGCAGCUAAGGAUGCAUGCCUGGGUUGUUACUUUCUUUCUUCUGCAAUGGCAACAGGGAGCAAGAGACAAAAUAAUGUUGUACUUUGCAAUGAUCUUAAAAGCUACCUCUUUCAAUUAGCCGAAGCAGGUUGUCCUAAAGAUCAAACGAAGUUCCAGUACAUUCGACUUCAAACGGCAAUAGAAUCAGCAUACAAAGGCUGUGACAGGCCAACUAUCAUCUGGCCAGCGAACAGCUGUCUAAUGCUAGACCGCACUCUGAAUACUGCUUCGAUUGGUAUUGCACAGCUUGCCCUUUCAUUCUUGGUGGAAGCAAGUCUAUACAUUCGGGAGCCGAUGCUCCUAGAAUGCGACAUCUGCAGAUUUCAAUCUAUUAUGACCAGAGGGAAAGCAUUUCUGGACCAUUUUCUGUCCAUCUCUGUGCCAGAAUUUUCAAAAUUCUCGUUUGCCGAGUGGGGCCGUCUGAUCACAGUCAUUCGUGUGCUCACAGAAAUCCUAUCAGCUUCAGCAGGUCUACCAGCCAUCGUUGUAGCGGCAGUAGAGGAAUCUCGGCAGCUAAGCAUAUACCUCGACUGCUUGGCAAAUCGCAUGGAAAAGCUUUCGAAGUCUGGUCGCAAUCCGGGUGAUUUCCCCGAUGUGUUCUACUUGUUCAAGUCCGUUCUAGACAUAUUAAGUCCUCUACCUCUCGCCACGAAUUAUGACAACGAUCCGCAAUUCCCGCUCGAUUCCGAACCAGAAUGGAAAAUGAACCGAUGCCCAGUUUUAGCAGGUAUUCAAGACACUGACUUCUGGAAUGCAUAUCAAAUUUCUGUGCCUCCUCAUGACAUCGGGGCUGAUUUCGACAUGUUACUUCCCAAUGAUGACUGUCUGUUGGGACUGCCCCUCGCUGAACGCACGAACCCUACUCAAACCGCCGGUUACCCUUGA